CUUUCGUCCGAGACGAAGCUCCCCAAGCCGUUUUUUCGAGAUUUCCUAGUGGGGACGCAACAACCUAGUGCAGAAACGCCCGGAAAAGUGGCAAGCGAAAGAGGAAAGAGUAAAGAUGUGAUGGUCACUGAUGAACAGCUAGCACAAGUUGAGUAUGAACUAGCUAGAAACAGGAUGGUGGCAGAAAAUGAGGAAAGAAUGGCACGCCUAGGAUUACGCCGAACAAGUGCUGAACUUAAAGAUGUCUGCGAAGCAAGCCGACCCCCAAAACAGAGAAAACGAAAGGCACCCUCCUCAACACUUGAAAAUAUAACUGAAAGACGUGUUUUGAGGUCCAGGGGAACAAAUGAAAGUGAUAAUGCAAAUCCUACAGACCAACCUUCCAAAGAGAUCACUACCAAGCUUGUUGAUGGUGACAAAGGUGGGCGAACGAUAACUAAAAAGGCUAACAUAUAUGCAAGGAUGAAUAAGCCGAAAAUCAAAAUUCCAUUCAAUGAGUAUGGGCAGCCAAUUGGGCAGACGCAACUGAAUUUGCCAAUUUCAUUGGCACUCUGGUCAGGAAGCAUAUACCACCCAAAACUAUAGAUUGGAGAGAUGUUGAUGAAGAAAGAAGUUGCUAGUGUGGGAUCACUUACAGGCAUUUUAUGAGCUGGACUCAACUGCUCUGAAAUAUGUCAUUAACACUUCACAGAGAAAAUGGAAGGAAUGGAAGGCAGAUUUAAAUAAGACAAAGUUUGAUCCUGAAUUGACUGAUGAAGAGCUUAUGCCUAGACGUGACGACAGAAUUAGUGAAGCUGAUUGGAAGGACCUUCUUAAAUAUUGGAGAUCUCCUGAAUUCGAAGUAAGUUAGCCUUCCCAUUUUCUUGCAGGAUCAAAUAUAAAUGC